GUACGUGUGUGGUGAAUGCGUACGCACCACUACGCGUUAAAUUUGUUGCACAUUGAAUGACGAUUCCGAAUGGCGAUAACAUCCCGUCAGAACAGGCUUCGUCGUCCAACCCUCUUUAUCCGUGUUUACCGACUGAUUUUGCGGGCUAAAGGUGAUGGACAUAAGGUCUAUGUUCGGGGGCCGUUCGACCGAAGGCUACACGGGUGGCCAUGUGCACGCUGAGACCCUAUCUGAAGACGAGGAUGACGAGAUGUGUUCACGUUUGAGUCGUCAGCGACGGGGGUCAGGGGGCUUUACCCCCACCCCGGGGGGACCCUUCUCUGCGCUCUGCCCCUCCAUGUGGCCGCAGGACAUACUGGCAAAUCUUGCCCAGACUGAAGAUUCCGGAGCCCAGAUGGAUUUUCGAUAUGAUGAGUUUGGUUUCAGAGUGGAUGAAGAAGACGGAGCAGAGCCCAACUCAAGUAAGCUACUGAGUCAACCCUUCAUUGAGGACCCUCAGCAUCGCUUGAAGUGGACGGCCUACUUUGAAUUUGCCCACAAUCAGGACGUAGGCAAUCUCACAUGGGAUAAGCUUGAAAGCAGACUACCCCACACGGAGAAGUUGCGUCACCUGGUGCGCGAGGGGAUCCCCCACAGUAUGCGCCCCAACCUGUGGAUGAGACUGUCUGGUGCCCAGCAGAAGAAAGAGAACAGCGAAACGUCUUACAAGGAAAUUAUCAAAGCCAGCACAAACGAUCACUCGCUGACUGCCAAACAGAUUGAAAAGGAUCUUCUACGCACUAUGCCCAGCAAUGCCUGUUUCUCUUCCAGUAAGAGCACCGGUGUGUCCCGCCUGCGGCGCGUUCUGCGAGGCAUAGCCUGGCUCUACCCAGACAUCGGCUACUGCCAAGGAACAGGAGUGAUCGUAGCAUCGUUGCUGCUUUUUAUGGAGGAGGAAGAAGCAUUCUGGAUCAUGUGCGCAAUCAUUGAGGAUCUGGUGCCGGCCUCUUACUACUCCAGCACACUGCUCGGUGUACAGGCUGACCAGAGAGUGUUGCGUCAGCUGAUGGUCAGUUUCCUUCCAGAGUUAGAUCAGCAGCUGAAGAGCCAUGAUAUAGAGCUAUCCCUGAUCACCCUUCACUGGUUCCUGACGGUGUUCGCCAGCGUGGUUCACAUCAGGGUGCUGCUACGUAUCUGGGACAUGUUCUUCUACGAGGGCUCCAUCAUUCUCUUCCAAGUCACCCUGGCCAUGUUUAAACUAAAGGACGAGGACCUUCUGAAGCUGGAGAACUCUGCUCAGAUUUUCAACGCUCUCUCAGACCUACCUGGAGAAAUGGAAGAUGUGGACAAGCUGAUAGAGCUAGCGGAAGCCAUAUCGAUAGCCAUACCCUGGUGUAUGCACACAGCUUGCCUGCUGUGUGGGGUGGGUAUGAAGCACUCGGCCUCGCUGACGGACAUCAUCGUAGACACCCACCGGCGUAAGCACCUGGCCUACUUGAUGGCCGAGCAAGGGGCCAUCGUCAAUCCGGAAAAUACCGGCAACCUACCAAAACAGCACAUACACAAACGCCAGCUACACAGGAAAAAGUCGUUUAUGGGAAGCCUUUUUGGCUUGAAUGAGAGCGAGGACCUUAAAGCCAAGAACAUCCGGCAGACGGAGUUGGUCUCAGACCUGCGCGAAUCCAUCCUCCAGAUUGGCAGACACUUCCAGUCAAUCGAUCCAAAAAAUGCCAAAAUUUCCCUGGUACCAGACUACUCGUUGGAGAGCCAUCAGAAGGACCACGAGCAGUUUGUGGACGUGACCAGGAACAGGAGACGGAGGGCCAAGGCCUUGCUGGACUUUGAGAGGCACGACGACGACGAGCUAGGCUUCCGCAAGAAUGACAUCAUCACGAUAAUAUCUCAGAAGGAUGAACACUGCUGGGUUGGUGAACUGAAUGGCCUCAGAGGUUGGUUUCCUGCCAAGUUUGUAGAGCUUCUGGAUGAGCGGAGCAAACAGUACACAAGCGCCGGCGACGACUCGGUCACAGAGACCAUCACGGACCUUGUCAGGGGAACGCUAUGUCCGACGCUGAAGUGUCUGUUUGAGCAUGGCUUGAAGCAGCCCUCGGUACUCGGGGGACCCUGCCAUCCAUGGCUCUUCAUUGAAGAGGCAAGUUGCAAAGAAGUCGAGAAGGAUUUUGAAUCGGUCUACUCCCGCCUGGUCCUGUGCAAGACCUAUCGCCUGGACGAGGACGGCAAGGUGCUGACCCCCGAGGAGCUGCUGUACAGAUCGGUCCAGUCGGUCAAUCUGACCCACGACUCGGCCCACGCUCAGAUGGACGUCAAGCUACGCUCGCUCAUCUGCCAGGGGCUCAACGAGCAAGUCCUACACCUGUGGCUGGAGUGUCUGUGCUCGUGCGAGAAGAUCAUAGAGAAGUGGUACUACCCCUGGUCCUUCCUGCGCAGUCCUGGCUGGGUCCAGAUCAAGUGCGAGUUGCGCAUCCUGUCGCGAUUCGCGUUCAACCUCUCCCAGGACUGGGAGAUCCCGCUCAAGAAGGGUGUCCAAAAAAUCGGGAGACCAGCAACCUUAAAAGACAGCGUCCAAGACAUGUUGAUUAAGCACCACCUCUUCAGCUGGGACCUUUGACCUGUACGACCCACAACCUUUGACCUCUUCACCUCUGCCAUUCCAUGCAGUACUGUGUAGCAUGUUGAUAGCAAGUCACACAGACUCUUUUUGUCUAUUCAUAUUUUGAAAUCCUAAUGAAUAUUGAAAUCCUUAUGAAUAUUGAAAUCCUAAUGAAUAUUGAAAUCCUAAUGAAUAUUGAAAUCCUUAUGAAUAUUGAUAUCCUUAGGAAUACUGAUAAAGCUUUGGCCUUUGACCCGGCCCCCUGCAAUGCCACACAGUACUGUGGUCAGUGUCACUCAGUUCAUGAUGGGGAAUCCUCAUGCAUAUUCAUUAACUUUGGAAUGUUGUGGAUUUUUUUUAGUUGUUCCAAAGAAGAGUUGUUGAAGUCACCUUUAUUUUGUACCUAUUUAAACAGAUAAAACUAGAGAAGUUACAAGAAAGAUAUCAGAGAAAGAAAAAGGCUGCUUUUUUUGCAACGUUUGUCUUCGCUUAUUGUAUAUAACUGUAUAUUAAAUAGGACUACAUGGUAUUGAAUUCACGGGGGAUUAAAAAUUCAGUAUUCUUGCACUUGCAUUUCCUUUUUAAAGUGAAUUCACAUUUCCAAAACAAAUUCCACCAGAAUAUGUAUAUUCUUUUUCGACAUAAGCUGAACCUUGACAAAAAUGAAAUAUUUAUUUGAAGUUAAUGCAAGGUUGGAGAAUAUGUGUGAAUUUAGUCGCUCUAGACUAGUGAAAAGAAAAUAACUCUUCUGAGAAAUAUUGCAAUAUGUAUUCCUUAAUAAAGCGGAACAGUUCCUUCCAUUGUAAAUAUUGUAAAAAAAUAAAUAGUAGAUAUUUAAUAUGGCUUGCUAUGUAUGUGUGCAAAUAGCACACGUGUGUACGAUUGUGUCCAUAUAGAAGGGUGUUAAUGCUGAUUGGCUGCUAAUCUAUGAAAAUUCAUUUGUGUGAAUACUAGAGGGGGCGGUCCAUUGCAUGUAAAUGUAUAAUAUUUGCAUGCAAUGGACCGCCCACUUUAAGGCAUCGAAGUACAUGUAGGAGCUUUAAAUUUAAAUAUUGAGCAUGACUAUGAAAAAAAUACGGGGCUUUUGACUUGACAUGCUGGUGUGACCUGUAGUUUGACCUCUUGUUGCUAAGGAAGGUGAUGCUUCCAGGUCAGGUCAGGUCAGGUCAUCUUCCAUUUGCAGUUUAUGUAUACAUGUAUUCAUGAAGAUGAUAAAUAACAUCACCUUGCUUAAUACAAUUUAUAAAAUUGAAGAAUAAAGUCAGUAUAAAUGUAACUACAUGUAUUCCAAAAAAAAAAUUUAAUAGCUACAAAGAUGGAAAAACAGUAUGCUUAUGAAAUAAGUGGACACGAAAGAGUUCAUAUAGACAGGUAGAACAUUACUUUUGGUUUUAAAGGCGUACAUGCAUGUGUGAAGGCUAUUUGAUCUUGGAUAGUGAUCUUUAUAAAGACAGUUUUGUUGACAUGGACUUGUCUAUUUGUUUUUUUUUUUAGAUAUGACCUUUGUUUCUUGUUUUAUGGCAGGUCAGUUGUAAGAAUGACCCCAAACCUAUGUUAACUAUGGCUUUAUCUAGGAAAAAAACAAGGAAUUUCAGUUAAAAGACCAGCAUAAACAGCUUGGUAAAUCGAGUUAACACUUCAUAAGUAGCGUCGGACUUGAGCUCAAGUUAAAUUGUGGACCAUGAAUGACAACUUCAAAAGGAACUUUUUGUUGUCUAAAAUUGCAAAGUUACUUUGCUAAAUGUUUUUGCUUUGCAUUUUUUUUUUUUUUUUUUUACAAAUUAGCGUUUCAAGAAUUGUUUUUCUUCGUAGAUGUGAUCAGCUGCGCUCUUUGAGGUUCUUCAAGUAUGAUGGCUUUGUAUUCCGUGUUCCUCAUUUGGUUUGUGUUUACUGGUUUCAGGGAAAAACCUUUCGGUAAUAUCAGUAAAUUCACACAAAAAUGUGUAUUCACUUUAUAAUAAUUUGAUAAUGAAGUGCAGUAUAAUUUGAUGCUUAUGGUGGCUGCAAUUUAACUAAAAUAUAUUGUCAAGUACGUAUUGUUGAUUGUACUUAAUGAUUUUAGAGUGUUUAAUUCAUGUUGUGAUGUGCAAUGAUAAAUAAUGAUUUUGGUCCGUAGAAAAUUUACAUGGAUGAUUUAUGUAACUACUGCCAAGCUGUGUAUACAUGUAAUUUGAUGAGUGAUGUUAUUCUUUAAGAUUAUUUGCUUAUGAUGUUUUGAAUGGUACACAAAUGCAUAUAUGCAUAGCUGUAGAAAGAGUCAUCAGAUUGGUUGAUGCUGGUCACGUGAUCAGGCUGCCGAGAUAAGUCCUCCAUGCUGAUUGGUUGACUGUUGUGAUGCAAAGCCACUCUGCCACGCCCACUAUGUGUAGUAGUAUUUUUCAAUGACUUCAAAUGGUGGUAUUGGAUGCUUCAUAAUUUCUCUUUCACUGCUUAGGCUUUCCUUCAAAGAGAAAACCACUAGGUUUUGGCCUAAUUUUCUGUACAUGUGUUUUGUUUGUUCCAUACCACUGAGGUUUUCAGCUAUUCCAGUAGGCCUACGUUUUUCAUUUGGGGCGUCUUCUCAAAAUCUUGUGUUCAGAUAAAAGAAUUGCAUCUAAAUCUUGAGAUUCAGAGGAAUGUAUUCAAAAUUUUACAUCAGUAAUUUUGAAAAUGUGCCAAUUUUCAGAACAAAAUGCAUUAAAUACACUGGACGUAAUUUUAAGUAAAUCCGUCUCGCUGCUAAAAAAAAAAAUUGUACAUUCUGAACUAUUGUCGACAUUGUACAGACGUUGUACAUACGUAUAAGAACUCUUCAGUUUUAUUUUGUAUUUUAAAAAUAACCUUUAGAGCGUGUACACAUCUCUUUUGUUUUGUCAUGUAUUUGAACACAUUUCUGACUUGUUUUUUUUAUGGUAGGUGUUUGUGGACAUGAAACCUGACUUUGUUCAGAUGAAAGCCUUAAUUUCCACCUCAAAUUCUCACUCAAGCAGAAAUGCCGACGGACUAAAAGGUCCAUGUAAAGUGAAGAAUUUUGCCAUUUUUUUUUAAAGAGAGGGAGUCUUUUUCAAAAGACAAUUUGACAUUGACCAAAUUUUAGAAUUCAUUACCCUAGCCAGUAGCAACCCUCUCUCUGAAUUUUUUAGUUUCUGAGCUUGCUUUUAGCUAGAUCUACAGUUUGUGUACAUGCUGCCUGAAAAAAUACAAUGAAAUAGGAGCUUGAGAAAAGAAAUGCAUCCCCUUCAUUGCAUGUGCACAUUGCAUGUAUUCAUUGUUUUAUUGAGCACUUAGUGCGCAUUGAAUGAACAGUAGUGAAAACAUACAUCAAUUAGAUACAUGCAAAGUGUAAGGAGUAAGAAGAUGAAAAAUUGAAUACAAGUAUGGCAUGCAUGUGCUGCACAAUAAAAGAAGAAAACUUGAAUAAA